AUGCACAAGCUGGCGACUGCCGCUAUGCCUCAGCUGGACAGCUUCGGCUCGCAGGAGUUUUCCAACCUGGCGCGAGCAUGCACCACUGUCGCUUCCGUGAAGAUCCCGCUGUUGGGGGCAAUGGCUGGCGCAAUUUGCACAUCUCCCCGCCCGCUGGAGCUCAGCAACGGCGCGCGGGCAUCUGCCUCGGCUCAGCUUGCCGGCACCACGCUGGCGCAACGGCCCGCGCAGCUGGCGCCGAUCGGAGGAGGCUUUCACCAGAGGGCCUGGCCAUCACCGCGCGGGCGCCGUCCGAGCCGCAGCUCCGGGGCGCGGCCUUCUCCGAGGCCGCGGCGGCCGCGGCGGCGGGCCAGGUCUCUGACUUCGCUCCGGAGGAGAGUUCCGCAUGCUGCUCUGGACGUUGCCGCGGGUGGCGCUGGACUCGGCUCUUUCCCUGUCCAAGGCGCGGCGCGUGACGGCCCAGUGCCUCAGCGCCUUGCUGGCGGAGGCGGAGCAGCGGGGGCUGAACGCCUUGGAGGCGGAGCUGCUGCAACGGAUUGGGCUGCCCAGCCAGGUGCCGCGUGUCAGGAUCCGGAGAAUCCGGACGCCAACAGACGCACUGAGUGA